AUGGGAAAGACAUGUUGUUCCUCGGAUUCAGAUGAUUUCGAUCUAAUGAGUUUCUUCAUGAUAGUGGUUUUGGUUCUCGUGAUGAUGCUAAUUUGUGUUCCACAACCAAGAUCAAGGCGGUUUGUGGUAUAUCGAUUGUCUUCUCCAUCGAUCAAAUCAGGUGGAAAUGUCAAUUGGCCGCAGUUCAACAAGUCAAGAGCUAGCGGCGAUUGGAAUGACCUUCUUAGGACUAUUCCAGAAGGUGCGAGAGUUCUUGACGCACUUUCAUCCUAUCAUAUGAAUAACCAUGAGGAUACUCGUGUUUGGAGUGUUGAGAACAAUGAUAAGUUCGACUCAGGGGCAUCUUGGGAUUGUGUUCGUGAUCAUGGGAACAUUGUUCCAUGGUCCCAUUUAAUGUGGUCUACCAAAGUGAUCCCCAAACACCAAUUCAUUUUAUGGCUCUCCUUUCGCGAGAGACUCAAUACUCGUGAUCGGAUCAAAAAGUACAUGAGCAUCUCGGAUCCUAAUUGCCUCCUUUACUUGGGACAUGAGGAGACCAUUGAACACCUCAUUUGGAACUGCCCUUUCGCCUCCUUGCUUUGGCGCAGAUUCUUCGCAUCAAUGAGCCUCCUCAACUUCCCAAACGAAUGA